AUGCCGAUGGUGAAUCAUGCAGUCACAGAAGUCAGAGAUGGAAAAUACCAUUUAGAUUUUGAAUUUGAAAACAGAUCUCAAGUCCAGCCACAUUUUUCCCGAUUUAACAUUGCAGAAAGCCUGCCUGAAAAUGAUAUCAAAGUCCAGUCAAAUACAUCAGAAAUAGAAAUUUCCAAUACCAGUCUCAAGCUCCCUCUGACAGCUUCAGAAGCCUUGAAAUAUUUCAGAAACCAAUUAACAGUCUAUGAACAGAAAGAAAUUCUAAGCUAUGCAGAGCUGUGGUUUCUUGGCCUAGAAGCUAAGAAGGUUGAAGGUUUGCCUGAAACGCAGAACAAUAAUUGUUAUGAUGAUGAACAUGGUUCCUACCUAAAGGUUUUACAUGACCACAUUGCAUACCGAUAUGAAGUGCUGGAGAUCAUUGGGAAAGGAUCUUUUGGCCAAGUAGCGAAAUGUUUGGACCACAAAACCAAUGAAAUAGUGGCAGUGAAAAUAAUAAGGAACAAGAAGAGAUUUCACAGUCAGGCUAUGGUGGAAGUACAGAUUCUUGAGGCUCUCCUUAAGAAAGACAAAGACAAUACUCACAACAUAGUUCAUAUGAAGGAAUAUUUUUACUUUCGCAAUCACUUCUGCAUUUCCUUUGAACUGCUGGGGAUAAAUUUAUAUGAGCUGAUCAAAAAGAAUAAUUUCCAAGGUUUUAGUUUGUCUUUGAUUCGACGAUUCACUCAGUGUGUACUGAAAUGUUUACAAAUACUUUACCAGGAAAAAAUUAUCCACUGUGACCUCAAACCUGAGAACAUAUUGCUAUACCACAAAGGCCAAGGUUCAGUUAAAGUUAUUGACUUUGGAUCAAGCUGCUAUGAACACCAAAGAGUGUACACAUAUGUUCAGAGCAGAUUUUAUCGUUCACCUGAAGUAAUUCUUGGUCAUCCCUAUGCCAUGGCUAUUGACAUGUGGAGUCUGGGUUGCAUCAUGGCUGAACUUUACACUGGCUAUCCCCUUUUUCCUGGAGAGAAUGAAGUUGAGCAACUGGCCUGUAUCAUGGAGGUACUGGGUCUUCCACCUUCUGAUUUUGUUCAGACUGCAUCAAGAAGGCGAACAUUCUUCGACUCCAGGGGUUUUCCUAGAACUAUCACUAACAGCAGGGGGAAAAAGAGAUAUCCAGAUUCCAAGGAUCUAAGUACAGUGUUGAAAACUCAUGAUGGCAUUUUCCUGGAUUUUCUGAAAAGAUGCCUAAGGUGGGAACCUGCACAACGCAUGACUCCAGAUGAAGCAAUGCAGCAUGAGUGGAUCCAAGGACCAAAAACACAGAAACCCAGACCAAAACCCCAGACUACAAGGGGAGUAAGUGACAGCUCCUUUCUAACCCCAGAGAAGAAAAAAGAAAAUGUACAUAAAUAUGCACUAACUGGACAAGAAGACACAAUAGAAAACCAAGAGCGGAACACAAAUGAGCAAACUAUUCCAGAAAAAGAAGCAGAAAACCCAGCAGAAAAAACUGUCAAGAUAGACCAGGCAGAACACGACAGUGAAACAGUUCUUCAGAAAAAUUCUGUGUUUUUGCCGCCAAUUAAGUAAUGUUCAGCAUAAACAGUGACUGGUCCAGUUUCCAUACAUGGUAUGUUUUAACUACUUAACACUGUACUCCGUUACAACUGUAUUUUAAGUUAUAACUGGGUAGAUACCUUUGUAGACCUUUUUAAUGCACGUUUUAAUAUAGAAUAGCCCAGGUAACGAAAGCAGAACGCAUGUGGAAAACAUCCUUUCCCUUUACCAACAUUCUUGUUGUGAUUACAGAUUCUUCACAAC